GCUUAGCGCAAUCCCUCAGCAUCAUGGAUGAACAAAUUCACUUUUACUUUAAUCAGGGACUCACACAAGCUGAAACAGCUGUAUGUCUGUCAGUGAUGGACAACUUCCACAUUAGUGUCUGACACUUGAGAAGGAGGCUGUCAGGUCCACACCCCUCUCUCUUAAUGUGGAGAUAAAGUCCAUCUCUACAGCGGGCAAUUAUUAAAUUUAUGAUGGCGAUGGCGAAGGCGAAGACGCCAACAUGCAUGCAACACCAGUCCCAUUCACAAGGCGCAAGAUUUUGUCGCGAUAAAAUGAUGUCGUGACAAAAUACAGCUUUUUGUUAUGUCGAGAUCAAGAGAAAAUGAAGUCUGUACCAAAAGGUACACAGCCCUUGGGGAGUGUCUACAAAAUGAUUGACAGGAGGCCAAACACAAACAAGCACUCCGGACCGUAACGCAAUUAUUAUCAGCCCCAUAAAACACUUGUGCUGAGGCCGUGGCUUAAACCAUCAUUUUUAUCAUAUUCUACAUAUUUUCCAGGUUAUUUAUACAAGUAAGAAAUAAAAGUUCAACUAUUGCGCCUUCCAAAUUCUGGUCAUUGGAAUGUGCAGCUACAUGAAUCACUUCAAAAACACCACCUCAUGUCUCAGCAUGUUUCAUCAGAAAAAAAAGGUGUGUUUAGUCUCGCAUUUAAGAAACAGGUUACACAAACGAAAGCACACCAAGAAUGAAAUCGUAGACUUUGGGACAAAGAGGUUUUAUUUUUUAGCGUCUUCUUAAAGAGAAAAUAUAAACUUUAACAAUAAUAAUGAGGAUUAUGUUACUGUGUGUGACUCUCCUGAUUCUCUACAGCUUUAUGGAAUCUCAAUCAGAGAGUUUAAAGGUGGUUGGUCCAGAUGCUCCUCUUGUUGCUGUAGCUGGUGAAGAUCUGGUUCUGCCCUGUUUUAUCAAACCCAGCACCAGCGCUGUGGACCUGAGGGUGGAGUGGUUUAAACUAGAUGUAGUGGACUCAUUAGUGCAUCUCUAUGAGGAUCGUGAAGACAGAAAUGAAAAGCAGGCUCAGUCCUACAGAAGAAGAACAUCGCUGUUCAAAGAGGAGCUGCAGAAAGGCAACGCUUCACUCAGACUCUCAGCUCUCCGAGUCUCUGAUGAAGGAGAAUAUAAGUGUUUCAUUGAGGACAAGUCCUGGUUUGAUGACAUCACUGUUCGUAUCGUUGUCGAGGUGCAGGGAAGCCACCCGGUGAUCUUGAUGGAGACAUAUGGUAACUCAGGAGGGAUUAAUCUAGUGUGUGAGUCCAGAGGCUGGAACCCUGAACCUGAGGUUCUGUGGCUGGACAGAGAAGGAGCCACUCUGCCUGCUGAAGAUACACAGAUACACAGAGACACUGAGGGCUUCAGUGUGAAACGCCGCAUCACUGUUUAUGAUUAUAGCGACUCCAACAGGUUUUACUGCAGAUUUCAACAAAUUCAUCAUAUGAUGGAGGCAGAGGUUAUCAUUAAUAGUAAAGUCUUUGAAGCUUGGAAGUGGGUUGUCGGCAUUUCAGUUUCAGCAUGUCUUAUUGCUGUUGGAUGGAUAGUAACUGCAGUUAUUUUUCGCAAGAAAGUGCUGCGGAGACAGAGGAUGGAACACGAGUUAGCAGAGAUGAAGACGUUUGAAGAGCCGCAGACAAAGAGGGUAGAAGACGAGUUAGCAAGAAAGAAACAGUAUGCAAUGGAUGUGACUCUGGACCCUGAUACAGCUCAUCCCAAUCUCAGAGUGUCUGAUGAUGGAAAACAAGUGAUAUGUGGAGACAUACGGCAGGAUCUCCCUGAUACACUGCAGUGGUUUGAUUAUGAUCCAUUUGUUCUGGGAAAGCAGAGUUUCUCCUCAAGGACAUUUUACUAUGAGGUGCAGGUCAGUGGGAAAACUGAGUGGACAUUAGGAGUCACGAGAAAGAACAUUAACAGGAAGGGGAAGAUUACACUGAAACCACAGACUGGAUUCUGGACUGUGGCUCUGAGGAAUGAGAAUGAGUACUGGGCUAAUGCUGAUCCUGAUGUCCUCCUCACACUAAUAGAGAAGGCAGAGAAGGUGGGGGUGUUUGUGGAUUAUAAGAAGGGUUUGGUCUCCUUUUAUGAUGUGAAGUCCAGAUCUCAUAUCUACUCUUUCACUGCUCAGUAUUUUACUGAGAAACUCUAUCCAUUCUUCAGUCCUGGUUUAAAUGAAGGAGGUAAAAAUUCAGCACCACUGAUCAUCACUGCUGUUAAUGAAUAAAUAUCUGUUUUAUAUUCUAUCUCAUUUUAUUUUAACAAAAAAAAAUCAGCUAUAUCAAUUUAGAAAUUAAACAAUUUGUAUAAAAUUGAUGAAUGAUAAUGAAUUGUGUUUACAUAAACAGUAAUAAUAUGAUCAUUAUCUGAUUUCAUCAGUUAAAAAAAGUUAAAAUUAAAGCUGUUGUAAGAUUUCUAGAAAUUCUAUAAAGACACAUGGAUGUUAGUUUAGUUGUUGGAUUAUUCAGUGUUUGUGUGCUGUAAAUCUGAUUUCUCUAAUAAACUAUGAAAGCAUAAACAUCACAAACUAGAAAAGGGU